UCAGAGCUGACGGACGUGUGUUCUGUGGCUCGGCAAGAGAAGUCCCCUUCCAACCAACCAACCAAAGCAAACAGCAGACCAUGGCCCUCCCGAACGCCACCGCCGCCUCCACCACCCUCGCCUCCCUCAGCCGCUUCUCCACCGUCGACUACGCCAUCUUCGUUAUCCUCCUGCUGGCGUCGCUGCUGGUGGGGACGCUCUCGGGAUGGCGCAGCGGCAAGAGGGACACCAAGGACUUCCUGACGGGUGGGCGGACCAUGAAUCCCGUCGCGGUGGUGUUGUCGCUGCUCGGGGGGGUCGUGUCGGCGCUCUCCGUCUUGGGAAACGCCACGGAAAUGUACCUGUACGGGACGCAGCUCUGGCUUAACCUCCUCGGCUGCAUCUACGGCGCCUGCUUCGUCAUCUCCACUCUGCUGCCGGUGCUGUACCCACUCGGGCUCGCCACCAUGAACGAGUACCUCCAGUUACGCUUCGAUUCGCCAGUGCUGAGGAAACUGGGCUCGUUGUCACAGCUCGUGAACAGCGGGUUUUAUCUAGGCAUCUGUCUGUAUGCCCCGUCGCUCACACUCAGCUCGGUCACCAGGCUGCCUAUGUGGGCCGCCAUUGUGUCUCUGGGCAUCAUUUGUUCGGUGUAUAUUUCUCUGGUAGGUUCUUUAUGUAUUUGUGAUGAAGGGGGGAUAAAGAAGGAUUGCUUCGACCCGAAUCCUCUGGUGCGCCACACGUUCUGGUCGGUGCAGGUCCUGGGCGCCUACUUCUUCGUCAGCACCAUCGGGAUCUCGCAGCCGCAGUACCAGAGGCUCGUCUCCGUUAGGACUCUCAGGAUAUCGCAAAUGCUCUGCGUCGCCUUCGUCAUCGGCCUCAUCCUCCUGUGGUCUCUCUUCUACCUCUCGGGCCUCGUCGCCUACGCCGCCUACGAUGACUGCGACCCCCUCGGCAACGGCCAGAUCGAGAAGCCAGACCAGAUCCUCGCCUUCCUCGUGGCCGACAAGCUCCACCACCUCCCUGGGAUGACCGGGGUGUUCGUCGCAGCUGUGGCCGGCGCCGUGCUCAGUUCUCUCUCGUCGCAAGCUAACGCAAUGGUGGUGCUUCUGUGGGAGGAUUUCCUGAACGGCUGGUGGAUCUUCAGAGACAUCUCGCACACGAAGGCCAAGACGAUCACGCGGGUUUUGUCCUCAUGCAUGGGUCUCCUGGGCAUCGCUCUGGCUUUUCUGGUCGCCAAUCUCGGCACCUUAUUCCAAGUAGGCUACAGCAUCAGUGGCGCUCUCGUUAGCCCCCUGGACGGACUCUUUGUGACGGGGAUCUUGGCGCCUUGGGUCAACGCGAAGGGUGCCUUGGCGGGCUUCGUCUCAGCUCUGGUCUUUAACCUGUGGCUCGUGAUUGGGAAGUUCGUCCACGGAGCUGGAAAGAGCGAGGAACUGCCCCUUUCGACAGACGGCUGUUUGGCAGAGGACGUGCUGUUGGGAGGAACCGUGAAUGGCACUGGGGUACUUAUCAAUGGAACUGACUACGUGGCCCUCACUACUACUACUACUACUACUACUGCUGCUCCUGUGAAUCAGCUGAUCGAGGAGAGAGACUACAUAUGGCUCUACGAUAUUUCCUACUGUUACCUGGGUGCUGUGGGAAUCCUGAUCGUGCUCACGGUCUCUACGGUGGUGUCUGUGAUCACAGGCUUCAGAGGUACAGUUAGUGUGGUCCAGUCCGAAUAUAACUAG